GAAUCCGAUGCGAAGACAAUAUAGCAGAAUUGCUGAUGCUAGUGGGUUGCUAUUGAAUGGAUGAAUGCUGGAUUUAUAGCUUGACGCAUUAUGCAUGGUCCUUUUCAAGCUGGUCUUUGACCACUUUUCUUGUUUGCUGUUGUUUGUCUUCUGCUUCCUAAAUCCACCAUCUCUUAUCCUCCCUCCAUCGUCUCCUUCUUUACUUGUAUCCCCGGCUAUCACUCGGAUAAUAUCAUCAUCCUACGAUUAUUCUUCGCCGAUUUUCGCUUCUCAUUUGGAUCCACCCCCCUCGCUCCAGACAGCUCCGAAUCAUCUGCAAGGCGGUAGCAACAAGGCUGACAUUGACGUUGAUAUUGGCGGCCGGGAGCAAUGAUAAUAUCCUCGUCCACGGUAGAUACGCUACCCAUACAGUAACAGUCCGUGCAAGUAAUCAUCUAAGAAAUAUGACAUGGGAAGCAUAUGUUUCGUGUGGGGAUAUGGGCUACAGAUCUAAAGAAAGAAAACUUUUCCGAGCAUUUUACAAAGCUCCAGAUG